GAGAAAUGAGAGAGGCUGGAGAGCUCUAUGGGCAAACACGAAGUCCUGAUGAGCAAGUGAGGCUGUUUCUCUGGCAAGUUUUUGCCGUACCUCAGGAUUCUUUAAGUUUUAAGUAGAAGUUGUUGCUGCUGCUCUUUGCACUUUAUUUUUUUUCUACAGGUUCUUUUCCUCUUCUUCUUUUUUCCAUCUUAAGUUUGCCCUAUCUCCAAGGGUCCCAGAGGACAAGCUAUUGUGGAGAAGCGCCAAUAUUGUUGCAACUUCUGCGUUCCCCACAUUCUGCUCAAGCCCCUGUCUUGUCUUGAGCACCCUCUUUUGCCUCUCUUGCUCAACAGAUGCUUUAACAUUCAUUCGUCUCCCAUACACCUCUCCUCAUUUUCCUUUAGCUCCCAUCUCUUCUGAUUUUCUUUCAGCUGUCCAAGAAGGACAGAUUUAGCUUCCUCCAGAACUGUCUCACACUGUCUCAACACUCUUUCCUAGCACCCUAGCUUCCCUGGCCCCCUCAUGGGCAACGUAUCAGACAACAGCGCCAAAUUCCUUCCAUUGUCGCUGACAGCCUCUCUCCACCUCUAGCCGCUUUGCCAACACCAACACCAACACAGCCUAAUGGAGACAAAAGAUAUGAUGAUGACAAGCAUGUCGACAAUGGACAAAGGGGAGAACGGGGGAGAGAAGUGCAAGGAGAGAGAGGAGGUAGAGGGGCAAGAGGAGGAGGCACAACAGGAAAAUGGUAGAUUGGUUCUUGCUGAUGGUCUUGGAGACAGAGGACCAAAGAGCUUGACCUCUGGCUCCGGUCCGCAGGUGUCCAAUGGCUACACAACAACCUCCCCUCAGAGCCCCAGGGAGGGAUCAGCACCGGGAACGGCUGCAGGGGCAGCCUCUGGGCCCACAGGGGGAACUGGGUUAACAGGGCCACUGGGAGGCCUAAGAACUCUGGUGGUCCAGCAGACGAGCUUGGAAAGGCCCAGAGAGACCUGGAGCAAGAAGAUGGACUUCUUGUUGUCUGUCAUUGGCUAUGCCGUGGAUCUUGGAAACGUUUGGCGAUUCCCAUACAUCUGCUACCAGAACGGAGGAGGUGCCUUUUUGCUGCCCUACCUGCUGAUGGCCGUGUUCGGAGGAGUACCUCUGUUCUACAUGGAGCUAGCUCUAGGCCAGUUCCACCGCAGCGGCUGCAUCUCCAUCUGGAAGCACAUCUGCCCCAUCUUCAAAGGAAUUGGCUUCGCCAUCUGCAUCAUAGCCCUUUACAUCGCCUUCUACUACAACACCAUCAUGGCGUGGGCCCUCUACUACCUGCUGUCAUCAUUUCGACCCACCCUGCCCUGGACCACCUGUACCAACAGCUGGAACACAGCCAACUGCAACCGCUACUUGUCCUCGGACCACAACGUGUCCUGGUCCAACUCGUCCACGUCCCCUGCCGAGGAGUUCUAUACGCGCCACGUGCUACAGGUCCACCUGUCCCCAGGUCUGCACCAGCUGGGAUCCAUCAGCUGGCAGCUGGCCCUCUGUUUGCUCUUCAUCUUCACCAUCGUCUACUUCAGCAUCUGGAAGGGAGUCAAGACGUCUGGAAAGGUAGUGUGGGUGACAGCAACAUUUCCCUAUCUGGUCCUCCUGGUCCUUCUCAUCCGAGGGGCCACGCUGCCAGGGGCCUGGAGGGGCGUUGUCUUCUAUCUCAAACCUGACUGGGAGAAACUGCUUAGCACUACGGUAUGGAUCGAUGCAGCAGCUCAGAUCUUCUUCUCCUUGGGUCCUGGCUUUGGUGUGCUGCUCGCCUUUGCCAGCUACAACCCUUUUCACAACAACUGCUACAAAGAUGCGUUGGUCACCAGCUCGGUGAACUGCCUGACCAGCUUUCUGUCUGGUUUUGUCAUCUUUACCGUGCUGGGCUACAUGGCAGAGAUGAGAAAGCAAAAUGUGGACGAUGUAGCGAAGGAUGCAGGCCCCAGUCUGUUGUUCAUCAUUUACGCUGAAGCCAUAGCCAACAUGCCUGCUGCCACGUUCUUUGCCAUCAUCUUCUUCCUCAUGAUCAUAAUGUUGGGUCUGGACAGCACGUUCGCAGGCUUGGAGGGGGUGAUUACAGCAAUGCUAGAUGAGUUCCCUCAUGUCCUAGCUAAGAGACGGGAGUGGUUUGUCCUUGGCCUUGUCUGUGUAUGCUACCUCGGGGCUCUGUCUACUCUCACAUAUGGAGGAGCAUUUGUGGUGAAGCUGUUUGAGGAGUACGCUACGGGCCCCGCUGUCAUCACUGUGGUUCUGCUGGAAGUCAUUGCUGUGUCCUGGUUCUACGGUACCAACCGGUUUUGCAAUGACGUCCAGGUCAUGCUCGGUUUCUAUCCGGGUGUGUUCUGGAGGGUUUGCUGGGUGGCCAUCUGCCCCUGCUUCCUUCUGUUCAUCAUCAUCAGUUUCCUGGCGUUCCCUCCGGAGGUCAAGCUGUUCCACUACCAUUACCCAUCAUGGACGAUUGUCCUGGGUUACUGCAUCGGAGUGUCCUCAUUCAUCUGUGUGCCUGCUUAUAUGGUCUUCCACUUACUUAAUGCUAAGGGCCCAUUCAAACAGCGUUUGUUGAAAAGCAUCACUCCUCAGCCCAGCAACGACAACCACAGAGAUUUAUUUGUGACCAACGCAAUCUGAGCAAACCUGUACCACAAGAAGGCGCAAGUCCCGACUACCUGCAGCGCCCUCUUCUGCAAAUACUGCAAAACUACAGGGAAAAGGGGCUGUUUUUCAUUGUUCUUGCAUAUUUUCAAACAUCUCAUUCACUCAUUCCUCUCCCGUUGACAUCUUGAACCUGAGCUCGCUUUGGUUCACCGUGCGGAUUCAGUUUGCAAGAACGUUUGUACUACUUAAAAACAUACUUCUCUGAGUUUUGGCAUAAUUAGCUUCAUGUCCCUUUCUUUAAAACUCAGAAGUGACAAAGUACCAUAUAUUUUGUAAACUUUUAAAUUUGAUACAGUCAUGCAUUCACGUGUCAGUCAUGUAGACUUUCAAAAACACAAACUCAAACAGCAGCUCGGUUAGGGCAGGUCACAUGUAAACAAAACCCUCCAUUCUCAUUAUCUAUGACUGUAGUCUCAUAUAAUGCUGUUAAGUUAUCCAUUCUAAUAUGUAGCAAAAUUCAGGUAUUUUUACAUCUGUUAUUGAAACCAAAUAUUCAAGAUGUGUUCUGUUGCUGUUUCAUUACUGUUGUUGUCAUGCUGUGCUGACUGUCAGCCUGUGUUCAUCUGAUGGAAUCUGGAGUGACCGGCAGGCUUUUUGCAAUGAGGUCCCAACACUGUGAAGCACUGUGUCAUGAGUGUGUACGUGUGUGACUGGACUGUGUGUGUAUGUGUGCGUACAUGACAGACUGUUAAACCAUCCAGAGGAAAAUGAAUCACAGACAGGAAAACCAAUCGUGUUCACUCUGAGACCGCAAUAUGAGAUAAUUGUAUUUAUUCCUGAAAGUGUCAGUGCUGUCACUUUGUCUCACCUCACACGCUCUUGUACCAUCAUCGGAAACGGUGCGGAUGGUCCUCGUUUGAUCCCAAUGAUAGAAGCCAAACACGGAUCAGAGCUAAUACUAUUACCAUUAUCAUUCUGAAAAAAAACAAAAAAAACAAAUCAGCAUUGGAACUCAUUACUUUCUACCAAAAAAAAGUGUGCCUGCCUGUAUGUGUGUUUUUGAGAGUGUGUGUGUCCAGGAGCAUGACAUAAAAUCAGUGGGAGCACUGUACAUCUACAUGUGUAAUUACUAGUCCUUCUUGGUAUUGGUGCAAUUUAUCGUGUGAACACCUGCUUCCUCCUUCCAUGGAUGUGGAACUGCAUGUGCGUUCAGUGCUUGCGUGGUAUCAGAAGCACCUUUAUGUGUGCCUGUCGUGGUGCACGAGUGUAAGCGUGUGUGUGUGUGUGUGUGUGUGUGUGUGUGUGUGUGUGUGUGAGUUUGAGUGUCCGUGAUGUGUACUCAUAUUGUCUUGUUAAAUGCCAAAAUAUCUCAUGAAGACCAUAAUCCCCCACCCCCCUCUCCUCUUUCUCUCGCUCGAGCUUAUGUAAGAUCUAUGUAUGUCAAUACACGGCUGUACUGAGAAACAUAUGUAUAGAAUGAAGAUAUAUAAAUAUAUGGGAAAUAAGAAAUAAUAAAGAUAUAUGGAAGUUAA